AUGCUGGAACUACGGCUGGUGCAGGGGAGCCUCCUCAAGAAGGUCCUGGAGGCGAUCCGCGAGCUGGUCACCGACGCCAACUUCGACUGCUCCGGGACCGGGUUCUCGCUCCAGGCCAUGGACUCGAGCCACGUCGCGCUCGUCGCGCUGCUCCUCCGCGCCGAGGGCUUCGAGCACUACCGCUGCGACCGCAACCUCUCCAUGGGCAUGAACCUCAACAACAUGGCCAAGAUGCUCCGCUGCGCCGGCAACGACGACAUCAUCACCAUCAAGGCCGAUGACGGCUCUGACACCGUCACCUUUAUGUUCGAGUCGCCCAAGCAAGAUAAGAUUGCUGAUUUUGAGAUGAAGCUUAUGGACAUCGACAGUGAGCACCUCGGAAUCCCAGAUUCCGAGUACCAGGCCAUCGUCCGCAUGCCUUCUUCUGAGUUUAUGAGGAUCUGCAAGGACCUUAGCAGCAUCGGGGACACUGUCGUUAUCUCGGUGACUAAGGAGGGCGUGAAGUUCUCCACCUCUGGAGAAAUUGGGAGUGCAAACAUUGUUUGCAGGCAGAACCAAACUAUUGACAAGCCAGAAGAGGCUACCGUUAUAGAGAUGCAAGAGCCGGUUUCCCUGACCUUUGCCCUGAGGUACAUGAACUCCUUCACCAAGGCAUCUUCACUGUCUGAACAAGUGACUAUCAGCCUGUCGUCUGAGCUACCAGUGGUGGUCGAGUACAAGAUCGCUGAGAUGGGUUACAUUAGAUUUUACCUGGCCCCCAAGAUCGAGGAGGAUGAGGAGAUGAAGCCCUGA